ACCAUUCAAAAUAAUUUAAACUCAUUCCAGAUGUUCUUCCAAAGUCCAAGUUCCUCUUCUCUUGACUAAAGGCAAAAAUUGUUCCAAGUUCGAAUUUUCUUGAAGAAUAGAAAAAUCCUUACGCAGAGCGCAUCGGAUAAAUAAAUGGUUAGCUUUACCUUCUCGGCUUUUGUACUGGCUCUUGCGUGGCCAGUCAUCGUCGUCGGUGAGAAUGUGGAAUCAUCAGCCUACGACACUAGGCAGAAAAAAUUUUCCGGAGCAGAAUACGGAACAAACGCCGAUGUCCGGUUCCAAGCGCACCCAAAUAACAGCAAUUAUUAUUCAAAUAAUGCGUGGGAUGGUCACACCAUAAAUGCUACUCGUGGAACUGAUCCAUCAGAUCCAAAUAUCGAGUAUGGGUCACGAAGAGGAUCAUUUACAAGUGAUCCGACAAGAUUGGCUAGUGGAUGGCCAGAAUAUUAUCAAUCUCGUGGAUCAACUUCAAGUUAUCCUGCUGGGUCAUUCAGCUGGUCGUCCCAGAAUUAUUCAUCUGGAUCGACUACAGGGUCAACUCAAAGUUAUCCAUCUGGGUUAUUCAGCUGGUCUUCCCAGAAUUAUCCAUCUGGAUCGACUACAGGGUCAACUCAAAGUUAUCCAUCUGGGUUAUUCAGCUGGUCGUCGCAGGAUUAUUCAUCUGGAUCGACUACAGGGUUAACUCAAAGUUAUCCAUCUGGGUUACUCAGCUGGUCUUCCCAGAAUUAUCCAUCUGGAUCGACUACAAGGUCAACUCAAAGUUAUCCAUCUGGGUCAUUCAGCACGUCUUCCUUGAAUUAUUCAUCUGAACCACAAAGAGAAAUAUCUCAACGUUAUCCCGCUGGUUCAUUCAGCGGGUCCUACUCGAAUUAUUCAUCUGGAUCAGUAAGUGGAUCAUCUCAAAGUUAUCCUGCUGGGCUAUUCAGCGAUUCUCCCUGGAAAUAUUCAUCUGAAUCGGCUUCUCCAAAUUCUUCAUUUGAAUCAGACAGAGGUUCGUCUCAAAAUUAUCCAUCAAUAUCAGACAGAGGAUCAGCUAACAAUUUUCCGUCACAAUCAGACAGAGGAGCGUCUCAAAAUUAUCCAUCAAAAUCUUACAGAGGAUCAGCUAACUAUUUUCCGUCACAAUCGGAUCAAAAUUAUGCAUCGGGAUCAGAUUGGAGAACAACUCAAAACAAUCAUUCAAACUCAGUUCAAAAUUAUCAAUCAGUAUCAGACAGGGGAACUCCAAACAUAUAUCCAUCUGGAUCGGCUGGGAAUUACAAUACGCCAGGAAUAGUGCAAUCGGAUAGUGCAUCAUUUUCUACAAGUAUCGGGAAUAAUUUCACUACGUAUUCCGAUGCAACGAAAAAGUUUGAGUACGAAUGGAAAUUUCCGAAUCCUCAAUUCACACAGAAUUCUGGUAUCGCAUCAUCGGCACCCAAUUUCACGAGUCAGAAUUACGGCCAAAGUUAUUCGAGUCCGAAUAAUUUAACACAAUAUUCAGGUUCUUCUACAAACUUUUCCAAAGAUCUAUUGUAUAUGAACUCUAAUUUUGGUCUCGAAGCUCAGAAGGCUCCGACUGAGGAGGAUCUUGGUUCCUUUCUCUUUUUAGAGCACGAAAAGAAAACCAACUCCACAAAAAAAGUGCAAUUCCUAUUGAAGCAGCGCUUGGCAAAUGACUUGAACGACUAUCACCAUUCAGUAUCAAAGAACCCUUAUCGACGAGACAGACCAAGCUCUAUUAAAAUAUCACCGUUCGAAGAAAAACGGCUUAGCGGUCAAACCAAGCCUUACGAAUCUUUUCAGUCGCGAUAUUACGUCGAGGAUAUCAUCCCAUUCACUAUCUUCAAGAAGGAGAGUAAUGUUGGGUGAUUGCUAUAUUCAAGCUUACAACAUAAUGACCUUAUAUACCGAUAUAAACUACUAUAGGGACGACCAGAUCUGAUUAUUCACAUCAAUUAUUCACAUUAAAAACAGCGUUGUCUGAAAAUUUUUCGCAAGGAAUUUCUUACUAUAAUUUUUGACGUAGUGAUGAGGGAGGGUGAAGUGAGAUCUAGCCAAUAUAAUAAUUACGAAAUAAGAUAAUAUUAAUGCGAGUGUCUUAAUUUUAAAAGUUUAAUUUUAUUGUUUGGGAACAGCAAAGAGAUUUAAAACUUAUUAGAAUAAAAUUCAAAUUAUGAAAACUUCCUCUAUGCCUGUUAUGACCAAGUGACUCAUUUCAUAUGCUUAAUUGUAUAUAUUUGUACGUAUAUUUAGUUUAUACCGUUGUUGACAUGAACCUUAAGUGAAAUGUUUCGAUGUUAAUUUUUGUUGAUUUUGAAUUAAUGGGAUAACUUGAUGAUUUGAUACACGUUAGAGUUCUUCGCAAGAAUCCAUUUCUUUGGGAUUUCGCACUUGAGAAAAAAUAUCUUUGUACAUAUCGAGAUGGACUACAAACAAUGGAACUAUCCAGGUCCAAGUGCCUAUGUAUUCUGUAAAAAUACGUCUUUCUAUAAAAAUUCGUGUUCAUCUCGAGAAAAAAACACAGCUGGAAACUCAAUAGAAUAGAAUAGAAGU